AUAAUUUGUAACGUUCGCGGAAUGACUGUAAACGGCAAUGGAGAAAACACAGACAAUCAGGGUCUGUUUGAUAGUUAAAAAAAGGGAAAGGGCAUCCACUUUAUCAAUAAAAAGUUCGAGAAAAUAAAUAUGGGAUUAUUUGAGAGAACAUGAAAAUCCGCCCACGGCCAAGAAAACAAAACUGGACAUGAAUAUUCUAAAAUAUUUCCACGAUUUAACAAUGUGAACCAGAUGACCAAGAUUGGUAUGGGAUAAACAUAUUAUCAUAUAGUCACACCCUUAUAGUGAAAGAUGAGCGAUAUAAGAUUGGAGACAUACAAAAAUUACCAAUGGAACUUUUGAAUGACAACUCAUCAAUGCGAGAUUUGGACACGGUAUUUUUGUACAAUUCGUCCACAUCCCCCCUUGGCCCAGAUAGCUGCACACCCUUUGAAUGCGACGGCACGAUGUUCCGUAGUGUGACGCAAUACCUAGCCUAUAAUAGAGCUAUCGUAAUGAAGGAUCAGCGUACUGCAGACAAGGUGCUACAAUCAUCUGACCCCAGACAAAUCAGAAGGCUUAUAUCUGAAAUCAGAGGAAGUGAUGGCCAAUCAUGGAGAAAAGUAAGUGACAGCCAUGUGAUAAAAGCUACGGCUAUUAAAUUCAGUGUGCACAAGCAAAUCAGAGCUCUUUUAAUGAGAACUGGGUCCAAAACCAUAGGAGAGUGUAACCCACAUGAUAUGAUUAUGGGCACAGGAUGUAGUUUAAAUGAUAAAACUGCUAGUGACACAAGUGCCUGGAGAGGUCAAAAUCUUGGUGGCAACGCUCUCAUGGAAACGAGAAACCAUAUCAGGAAGAUUGACAAGGCAUAACACAAGCACAUAGCAAUAUAUACAAUAUACAGUGAUACAUUGAACCAGGAUAGUGCGAGCAUUAGUUGGUGCAUCUAUCCCACGAGCAAAGUGCGAUAUGCCGAGUUUUUUACAAAAAUUCUUUGAUCAUUAUAGGAACAAAAUACGAGCACUACAGAUUUCACAAACAAAAUGUUGUUAUUGUUUUGAUAGCGCACUGACGUCCGCGCGAUGGCAAAAUCUAUACACAGUAGAUCAGUUAUGCUGAAAUCGACCGCUGUAAUGCUCGUAUAAUGUGCUCUAUAAACCACUAAAUGGUAUGUAUAACGCGUGUAGAUUUUUUAAGCGGUCAAAAGUAAGCGAAUGGAG